AUGUGUAUGAUCGCUAUUUUUGGAUUACUGCUUACUCAAGCCUUUGCUUCUUCACAUUGGAGGCCGACGGAAGAAGUUAGCUGUGAUUUGUUGCAGUUGGAGAAGGGUUCCCCAGAUUUUACCGUUGAUGUCCGCCUUGAUCCGGUCAUUACAUAUCAAGGGGACAAACUCAAAGAGAAAUACAUUUAUUUCUACGUGAAAAUUAAUGGCGAUCGCUUAGUUCGUGACGCGUGGGAUGUUCCGCCAUGCAACCGUACAGUUGCCGACUGUCGCCAAUUUUUCCACACUUCCACUCGCAUCGGGGAACUAUUCGAAGCCGCUGUACAACGAGCCAGGAAUGGCGUCAGCACGCAACUACGUUUCGAUUUUAUGGAUACGACAGCAAACAUCACCCUUGUCCGCACUCGUAUGUGUGGAGAUUUUGUAUUUAACUACGAUAGUGGUAUGUGGGAGUUUCUGGAUUUCGAGUAUAUCUGUGCCCACGUUAUACUGCUAGCUCCUUAUAAAAACGAGGGUCAUGUUCCGAGAUGCCACGAGCAGAAAAGGCGAUAUAGCCGGCAUCACCUUGAUAUCAUGCUU